UGUGUGUGUGUAACGGCCGAAAAAAGAAAAACGUUACAAAGCCGUCAAAACUGUACACGAUUGAUUUUUACUAUUUUUUGGGAAAAAUGUAUUAACUAGUGGUAUUUUUAUAUUGCAUUAGCAAGUUAGUCAUCUAGUUAAUAAAACAAAGUGAUAAUAAGUGUUUUGUGCGCCUUCAAAUUUAUACAAUGAAGGAUCCCUUUGUGUCGGACUCUGCGAUCGAUUCUCCGGCCAGAGAAAGCCUCAGAAACGUCGACGGAUGUUAUAAUAAGAACUUAUUUAAGAACAAAUCCUUCGCUAAUUCCCGGCGUGCCUUACAGUCCGGCGCUGAGAAGAUUUCGAGGACUUUUAGAACUGUUAGAAAUACUUUUGGUAAUCUGUCACAGCAUUUCAGGCUGGGCGGAAGGCGCCGGCAUCGCCUAGCGGAGACUGGUUCUCCCUGCAGAACCCCAUCCACUCCUGUUACCAAGAAAAAACAGGUACUAGGUAGGAGUCCUGCAAAGUUGUACAGUCCGUUUGGAAUAGAGACACCUCACAGCCGGGACUUUAGGAUGUCUCCAUACAUGCCUGACACACCAGACCAUGGGUUAUCACCAAAACGACGCAAAGGCGUGACUCAUUCGUGGCACAUCCUCGCCAAGAAGAGACCGCGAGCGCUCUUCCACUGAUGCCUUCCUAGCUUUCUACACGCACAAUAUACAGUGGCGUAGCGUGAACUAAUCUAGCCUGGGCGAAGUCGGAUCUGCGAGGCCCCUUUCUUUCAACGUGUACUCCCA